AUGCGAGCAUGAGAAAGAGACUCGGAUGUGUACAGAGAAUUAGGAUGAAAACAUCACAGGGAUCAAUGGCAGAAUUUAAUGACCAUGCCCACUCUGCAGAGCUCCGCCCCUUGCUGCUCUUCAGCUUCCUGAUUGGUCUGAGCUUCUCUCUGAACCCCAGAGACCCCAAUGUGUGCAGCCUGUGGGAGAGCUUCACCACCUCAGUGAAGGAGUCCUACUUUCAUCCUUAUGACCAUGUGACAGAGGAGCCCUGCUCGGACCCUCGGACCUCCUACAGAUGCACGCGCCACAGGAUCACAUACAAGACGGCCUACAGGCAGGCGGUGAAGACCGACUACCGAAAGAGGUACCAGUGCUGUCCGGGUUACUACGAGAGCAGAGACAAAUGUGUCCCUCGCUGUACCAAGGAGUGUGUCCACGGUCGAUGUGUCGCUCCGGACCGCUGCCAGUGUGAGGGAGGCUGGCGAGGAGACGACUGUUCCAGCGCCUGUGAUGACAAACACUGGGGUCCGGCCUGCAGCCAGCAGUGCAAGUGUGAGAACGGAGCGCUCUGCAAUCCCGUAAAGGGGGAGUGUCAGUGUCUUCCGGGGUUCAUUGGACGAUACUGCGAGGAGUCAUGUCCAGCAGGGACGUUUGGUAAAGGCUGUCUGCAGAGGUGCAAGUGUGGGACUGGAGGAUCCUGCGAUAAAGCAACAGGAGAGUGUUUAUGCCGGGACGGAUUCACUGGGACUUUCUGUGAGAAAGCUUGUCCCAGAAGAUGUCAGGCACGCUGCCCCUGCCAGAACGGUGGUAUCUGCAAGGGCAAAGGGGUCUGUGACUGCCCCCCUGGGUGGACGGGUGCGGUUUGCACGGAGCGCUGCCCAGAUGGACGGUUUGGAUCAAACUGUGCUGACGAGUGUGUUUGCCACAACAGGGGCAAAUGUGACCCUGAAAAUGGACAGUGCCAGUGUGCUAAAGGCUUCACCGGUAGUAGAUGUAAUGAGGAGUGUGCUGCAGGCUCGUACGGUCAGGACUGCAAAGGUGUGUGUGACUGUGCGAACGGUGCUCGCUGCUACAACAUCGACGGAGGCUGCCUGUGUGAGCCGGGGUUUCACGGUCCACACUGCAGGGACAGGAUGUGUGCACCGGGCAAAUACGGCAUGCACUGUGAACGCACGUGUCUCUGCCAGGACAAACACACACUCAGCUGCCACCCAAUGAAAGGAGAAUGCACCUGCCAGCCUGGGUGGGCUGGGCUGUUCUGUAACGAGACCUGCGCUCACGGUUUCUACGGUCACGGUUGCCUGGAGCCGUGUUUGUGUGUGAAUGGAGGGGUGUGUGAUUGUGCAACAGGUCAAUGCAAGUGUGCACCCGGGUUCACGGGGGUUCACUGUGAGAAUCCAUGUAAAAGUGGCACCUAUGGCAAGAACUGCUCUCUGGAGUGCUCCUGCAAAAACUUUGUCGACUGCUCGCCUGUUGAUGGGACCUGCUUCUGUAAAGAGGGCUGGCGGGGGUCGGACUGCUCCUUCCGCUGCUCUGAGGGAACCUGGGGUCCAGGAUGCAACGCCACCUGCCACUGCACCAAUGGGGCAAAAUGUAAUCCUGCAGAUGGAACCUGCACCUGCACAGCCGGCUGGAAGGGGGCACGCUGUGACCAACCGUGCCCGAUGGGCACGUUCGGGCCAGGCUGCCUGAAGAGGUGUGAUUGUGUUCAUGCAGACGGCUGCCAAGCAACAACCGGGGAGUGCCACUGUCUGCCAGGCUGGUCGGGUUCACGCUGUAACCAGCCGUGUUCAGAGGGUCUGUGGGGGCGUCACUGUAACCUGACCUGUUUAAAGCACUGUCCCAACAGUGACACGUGUGUGAGGGAAACUGGAGCAUGUGUGUGUCGCGCAGGCUACUGGGGAGUCACCUGUCAAAACAAAUGCCGAGCUGGUAUGUAUGGAGAGCAGUGCAGCAUGUCGUGUCCAUCCUGUGGUCAGUCGUACCGCUGCCACCAUGUGACCGGAGAGUGUGACUGUCUACCUGGGUUCACUGGAGCCAACUGUGACCAAGUUUGUCCUGCUGGCUACUUUGGCAAACAGUGUUCUGAAGUUUGUAUAAACUGUGCCAACAACUCCACAUGUGACCACCGGGACGGCCACUGUGAAUGUUUGCCCGGCUGGACCGCGACGGACUGCUCCAUACCGUGUAGUCCAGGACGCUUUGGUCCGUUCUGUACUCAGACCUGCUCCUGUCCAGCCAACCUCAUCUGUGACCGAUUCACUGGAGACUGUGUGUGUGAAGGUGGAGGAGACGAGUGCAAAGAAGACUCCUCUGUGCAGUCUGGGAGCGUUAUGGUUCCUCUUCCUCCCGGCGAGAGGGAGUCCUGGGGAGCCAUCGCUGGCAUCGUGGUGCUCGUCAUACUGGUGGUGUUGCUGCUGGCUCUGCUGCUGCUUUACCGCCGCAGGCAGAAGGACAAGCAGAACAACACGCCGACUGUUUCCUUCUCCACCGCACGCACCGUCAACUCUGAAUACGCUGUUCCAGAUGUUCCUCACAGUUACCAUCAUUACUACUCCAACCCCAGCUACCACACAUUGAGCCAGAACCGACCUCCACUGCCCCACCUGCCCAACAACCACGACCGCACCAUCAAGAACACCAAUAACCAGCUGUUCUGCAGUGUGAAAAACAUGGAGCGGGAGAGGCGGGGCUUGUUUGGGGUCGAGAGCAAUGCCACUCUACCUGCGGACUGGAAACACCACGAGCCCCGCAAAGACUCAGGAGCUUUUGGAAUCGACCGGAGCUACAGCUACAGUGCCAGCCUCGGAAAAUAUUACAACAAAGAGCUGAAGGACUCGGUGGCGGUGAGCAGCAGCUCUCUGAACAGCGAGAACCCGUAUGCCACCAUCAAAGACCUGCCGGGCCUGCCCUUCUGCCCCCCGGAGAGCAGCUACAUGGAGAUGAAGUCAGCCGUGCCGCGAGAGCGAGCAUACACAGAGAUCAGCCCGCCGUUCAACACGGCCACUUUACGCAGAGAGCGCCAGAGUUCUCUCGGCCACCCUCCACACGAGGACCCCCAGAGCCACUACGACCUCCCUGUGAACAGUCACAUCCCAGGACAUUACGACCUACCGCCACUCCGCCGACCCCCCUCACCAUCCCUGAGGAGGAGUCCUCAGUGACAGCCACAGCAGCAGAUUGUAGCCCUGCUCCUCCCUUAAAGGGAUGAUUGCUAAUGAAGAGCGAACUGUACCUGUUCAUCAGAUCUGUACAACACCCACGGAGCAAGUAGCAAGGCAUCUGUCCCACCAAGGGGCUUUGUUUACUGUGGAGGUCCCCCCUUUUAACUCCACACUGCCCCCCUGUGGGCUGAAGUGGUACUCGCUGCACCAGGACAGACUUGUCAUCCUGACAGAAGAGCCAGUAUCUGCAGGGAAGAACGCUGGACUGUUGUGACACCAACGUCUCAUUUAUUUCCCACGGGAAAAGACUAAAAGGCUAAAAGCAGCAACCGGGGAAGUUGAAAGUGUUUGAACUCGUUUCAGCAGGCUCUUAAGUUCUACCACACAAUGGGCUUGUUUCGUCUUUAAGCCCCUUUUCAAAAGUAAUGUUUUUAUUUUCUAAAGUGAUAAGUUUGGACUUACAGUUUUCAUUCUGCUUCUGAAUGGUUAAAUUCAGGUCUCAUACAUUUCUAUAUCUGCAAUUCAUGAUGAACUCAUCACUGCUGGACUUCCUUGUGAUAUCCUCAUUGGGAAACCUUGGGAACCUUAAAAAGAGACGAAGGUCAUUCAAAUGUAUAACAAUGGGGGAAAAAAAAAAUCAAAAAUCCUCAAUUUCAUGAAUCUUGAAAGUCACGUAUUUUAAAGUAGUAAAGAUUUGCUUUUCAAUGUUUCACUCCAUUUGGCAUUUAGAUACAUAUUGAUAAUGAUGAAUGUUUUGCUGCUCUCUUAUGGAAACUUUGUAAAUAUAGAAAAAUAUAUUGUUAUCUUUACUGUUAUGAAGAGCGGCCCUAUUAUCACAUGGUCAUAUUUUGACGGGGUUUGUGUGACCAAAGAUCUGAAACAUUUUGGUAAUGAGUUGAUGAAGCUCGCUGCCAUGACAUGACAGCAUUAUGAAUUUUAACACAAAGUAUCCUAGAGCUACUUGUUUUCUGUUUUGGUAUUUAAAGGGCCAGUUCACCUGAAACACAUAAAACAGUUUACCACUUUUGCAUUGGUUUUUUCAAGAGUUGUCCAUCCAAAAUUAAUAAACAAAUCAAGCUGCAGAAGCACAUACAGGUAUACUGUGUGUGUGUAGAGAGAGAGAGAGAGAGAGAGAGAGAGAGAGAGAGAGAGAGAGAGAGAUAUAUAUAUAUAUAUAUAUAUUACCUAGCCCUAGAAUUCUUACUUGUCUAAACUUAGUGCCUACAUUACCCACAAUGCAACCAGGUAAGGUCAGCGUUUCGCAUGUAUUGAUCUAGAAGCAGCUAUCUUUGUCCAUUCAUUCAGAUUGUCUUCAUUUUCAGGCUGACUCAAGUGACAUCACUUAAGGCACUUUAUCAUAUAGGACACAGCUCUCUCAGUGCCAACCAAUUCUUUUUUCCUUUCUUUUUUAAAGUUGUUUUUUGGACAUUUUAGCAGCUGAUGAGAGACAGGAAAUGUUAAGAGAGGGGGGGUUGGAGGAUGACAUGCAGCAAAGGGCCGAGGUUGGAUCUGCCGAAAUGAGGUCUAUAGCCUCUGUACAUGAGACGCGCGACAUAACCGCUUUGCUAUCAGUGCCCCUUUAUUCAAUCUUUUUUUAUAUAUUCAGUACUGCUCUCAAAGACCUGAAAACAGACUUUAAUGUACAAAAUAGGCGCGCUUCCCCUUUAAAUCUAAGACAUUAACACGCUGAUGUUUGUCUCUGAUUCUUCUGCUGCAUCAUUUGAUUUCAUAAUACAUUGUUUGUACGACAGCCAUCCAACUGUUCAGACUCACAGGAACACUGUAAGAGAGGAAACUGUAAAACAUGUUAAAUAUGGUUUUGGGUCAUGGGUGAAUUGGCUGUUUCAUUGGCUGGUUAGUCUUUUUUGCUGCAGUUAUAAUGUUGUUAAUUAUUGCAGACAGAAGUCGAUCAUUAUUUUUCUAAAUUGAUUUGCCAACUAAAAUUCUUGUGUCCUGUUCAUUUCUGAAAAAUGUAAUGUUUGGUAUAAUAUUCAAAUCCAAGAAGUUGUGCUGUAAAUACAAACCCUGUGUACCAGAAGAAUGUACAUCACGCUAUACUUUUGAGUUUUCUCUUUUUUUUUUACAACGCAAGGCCAUAUAUUUUUGAAUGUAACCAUAGUAACAUGUGUAUAAUGUAAAUAAAAUGGCUGCACUUUU